AAGCAAUCAUUUCUCCUUCGCUCUGGCUGCAUUCUUGCAGCCAUUGAGAAAUACUGUGAGAGCUGUGAUUGGUCACAACUUGUCACAUGGUACAAGACUGUUGUGAAUAGCCUUGUACCAUGUGACCUCUGUGAUCAUUCACAGAUUUCACACAUAGUAAGCAAUGAUGGCAGGAAGUGACAUUUUGUUUACUACUGUUCCUGUGAUCACUGAUUGGCCAAUCAGUGAUAACAUGAUCAGGACCUCACACAGAGGUCCUCUACAGCGAUCAGUGUUCCUCCAGACACAGCGGGCACCGGAUCGCGGUGCCGCGCUCACCCCGGGAGCGCGCACAGCCUGUAAAUACGGGCGCCGUUUAUGAAUGGCAGCCCGCUCCUGCACUGCUCCCUUCCGGCUGUUUAUGUACAUGAGUUGGACAGGAAGUGGUUAA